AUGCCUACCUCCGAAGACGGAAAGAAGAGAUCCCACGACGUCGCAAGCAUCUCGGGCUCCUCGUCCAGCAGCGACGACUCCCGCAGGCGCCGCCGCGAGCGCAAGGAGAAGAAGAGGAAGAACGGCGACGCUGUCGCUGUCGCUGUCAAUGGCGCAAAGCCCAGUGCCUUCGCUCAGCGUCGCAAUAGCUUGGCCAAAGCUUCGCGAGAUCCCCGCGAUGAACCUCUCCCCCGGAAGCGCCGCGCUGCAGCACCCCAGAGCGUUCCUGAAGAGGAGGGCGCCGUAGUAAAGAUUAGAUCUCCUAGUCCUGUCAUUGACUUUGACGGGCUCAGUCGACCCAGUCGUGGCACCAGAGAGCGCAGAGAGGAGACAGAAGAGCAGCAGGCUGCGCGGUUGGAACGUAUGAGCGGUGCUGUGCGCACUAUUCUAGAGUGUGUCGGUGAAGAUCCCGAUCGCGAGGGUCUUCUCAAAACUCCAGAGCGCUACGCUAAGGCGCUGCUCUUCUUGACCAAGGGAUACCAGGACAACAUUGAAACCAUGGUCAACGAGGCUCUGUUCCGAGAGGGACACAGUGAAAUGGUCAUUGUCAAGGACAUUGAGAUCUUUUCUCUGUGCGAGCACCAUCUCGUACCAUUCACCGGCAAGAUGCACAUCGGCUACAUCCCCAACGAGACCGUCAUUGGCCUAUCCAAGCUCCCCCGAAUCGCAGAGAUGUUCGCCCGUCGUCUGCAGAUCCAAGAACGCCUCACCAAGGAGGUCGCCCACGCCAUUAUGGAGAUCCUCAAGCCCCAGGGCGUCGCCGUGGUCAUGGAGUCGAGCCACCUGUGCAUGGUGAUGCGCGGUGUCGAAAAGACGACCACUAGCACCAUCACCAGCUGUGUCCUUGGCUGCUUCGAGAAGAAGUCCAAGACGCGCAAUGAGUUUCUCAACCUCAUUGGUAUCAACCGAUAA